CAGGAGGAAACGUAACCAGCAAGGAAGGCGCCGAGCCGGAGCCCGCAGGAGACCAGCUCGACGCCGACGACGAGGGGGACUCCGCUUCUUUUGCGCUGGUGGUGGAGCGCGCAGACGGCGGGCGGUGCGGCGGCUCGCUGGUGUCCGUGCGCGCGGUGCUUACUGCCGCGCGCUGCGUGCCCGCGCUGUGGGUGCGCGCGCCCGACUCGGCGGCGGCGCGGCGGGUGCGGCGCGUGGCGGCCGCCCGGGCCCCGAGCCCCCGCUCCGCGCUCGCCCUGCUGGAGCUGGAGGAGGCCCUGCCCGGCACGCAGCCCAUCCUCAUGGCGACGGGCGCGGGCGAGUGCGGCGCGCCGGCCUCCUGCUACGCGGUGCGUCUCGCCUCGCCGGCCGGCUCGCGCCUCGUGAUGCGCAUCGCGGCGGCGAUCCUGGACCGCUGCUCCGCACUAGUGCCGCGCCUGGGGCCGCGCGCCGACGACGAGCUCUGUCUGCGAGCGGACGAUCUCUGCGCGAGUGAGCAGGGUGCGGGCGUGGUGUGCGCGGGCAAGCUGUGCGGCGUGGUGGGAGAGGAGGCGGCGGGCCGGGCGGGGUGCGGCGUGGUGGGAGGGGAGGCGGUGGGGUGCGGCGCGGUGAGAGGGGAGGCGGCGGGGUGCGGCGCGGUGCGCGCGGUGGCCGUGCUGUCGCGCCGGCGCCGCUUCCUGCACUGCGCGCACACGCUGCGAGCUUGCGCCCGUGACAAGGAAUGUUCAGCGCUAUGCUCGGAGACCCUACUUUUUGAAGAGCCCACGGACGUGACAACGGACACCCUCACUUUAGAGAAUAUUACUUCGUUCAGGACUGCGACCGAGGAACUAACGACAGCACGAGGCGCUCGACCGAGUCCGACGCCGACUCCCCCCCGCGGCCCCGCCCCGCCCACGCGCACGGCUUCCCCCAUGGCCCCCACCCCGGGGGCCGAGAUCAUCUCGCGAGUCUCUUUCGAGUUCGAACCGAAUCGAGCCGACUUCAAGGCGGGCGAGUACGGAGACAACGCGGCGGAGUACGGCGGCGACGAGCCCGCGCCCCCCUCGCCCCCCGGGACGCCGAGCGCUACCCCGGCGCGUGCGUCGCCUCGCGCCCCGCCCGCGCCCCCCGCGACCCCCGCCCCGCCCCCGCUCGAGGCGCAGAUGUCGGCGGACGGAGGGAGUGCGCCCCCCUUGAAGCGGCCGGGGGUAGCGCUAGGGGUGUUGCCUCUAGUUUGUUUAGGAUUCUGAACACUUAUUCCUUAAAUUAUA